AUGUUUAAGACACACUUCUCGUGAUUCUCUCUAGUACACAUUGAACUCAAGCCGUCAGACAAAUAUAGUUUUCCCUGUAUUUUUCAUGAAUAAGGCUCAGACACCUAGUGUUUUCUGUUGAUUCUGCGCAAUAAUCAUGAGCAGUAAUCGUGCAUAGUUUACAAUCUAAAAAUAGAUAUAUAAGUAACAAAAUAGUUGGACUGCACAGAUCCUGAUAUGGUGAUUUCAAAAACGGCAAAACUGUUUAUAAAGGCACAAGUUACAUUACUCUAUUACCCUAUUUAAAUUAUAACCUGUUAGUUUUUCUAUUGUGUAGCAUAGUAAUGAUUAGUGUGAAUCGUAGUGAUCUUUGAUGUGUUUGUUUAUUUGUUAGCCUGCUAAAAUACUGUCACGAAUGGCCUCUUGUUGCCACUGCUCAAACUCUCAAAACUUAGUACACAUUAAUCUACAACUACACAGUGCCUUAUAUAUAAUAACAUAUGAAGAUAUAUAAUAACAUAUGAAGAUCACUUUCUAUAAAAAAUAAGAACUCGCGAAACAUAUUGAAAGAUCUAUAUAAGGAUAUGGAAAAUUUCAGACGAUCCUUCUGGCCAUAUGCGGUACCGUCUACGCGACAUGUGCUAUCGGUACUACCACAUUGUCAUUUGUGUUACCUUCUGCAGAAUGCGACUUCAAUUUGACUUCGGCUGAUAAGGGGAAGCUUUCAGCUGUGCCUGUGAUAGGUAUGAUAUUUGGAUGUCCGAUAUGGGGUUCCGUAGCUAACACUAAAGGAAGAAAAACGGCCAUUCUGUUAUCCCUUCUAAUAGAUUUUCUAGCAGCCGUAAUUUCUUCGGUCGUGACAAAUUUCGAAGUCUUCUCGAUGUGUCGAUUUUUUAACGGAUUUGGAAUAAUCGGUGCAACAAGUGUAGUAUUCUCGUAUUUAGGAGAAUUCCUUUCUGAAGAACAUCGUGACGUUUUUCUGGGAAGACUUGAAAUUUUCUGGACCAUAGGAAUCAUUAUAUUGCCUGGUAAGAAUUGCCUGUACUCAUCUACAGUCUAGCACUGAUAUUGGGCUAAUAAUUUAUGUACAAUGGCGCAGGUAUAACCCAAACACCACAUCAAGUUUGAAGAAGUAUGAAUGGCAACACUGAGUCGGUGCUGUCUGCCCAGUGGUAUGUGCUUCUGUAAGUUUCGCGACGAAUUGGGAGUACUUUUCCAACGAUGCCAUUUGCUGUUCUUAUAAUGCGUCUUAUGUAAUUUUAGCAAUAACACAAUGUAUACCUAGGCAUUGCUGCUCCAUUAGCAUGUAAUAUGGUUUGGUCUUAUGGACAUUUUAUCGAUUUUAUUAUUUACAGGUGUGGCAUUUCCGUUUUUAAACAAAACAGUGAUGGACUAUUUUUCAACAAUCGACGCUUUUAGUUCUUGGAGGAUAUUCGUAUUAGUAUGCGGGCUGCCAAGCUUGAUUAGUGUUAUAGCUCUCUAUUUCUUGCCGGAAUCUCCAAAGUUCCUCAUAUCGAAGGGAAAAUACGAUCAGGCGAGGCAAGUCUUUCAGAGGAUGUACGAAUGCAAUACAGGCAACUCCAAGUAUUCAUAUCCAGUAUUACGUUUAAAAGGAGAAUGUGAUAAUAGCAAUGUAGAUAUGAAGUUUUUAAAGAAACGACCUCUUAGCAUUAGGAUAGAAGAAAACAUUGAAAAGCUGAUGGGUCUCAUCAAAGUAUUAUUUUCGCUCCCAUACUUGAAAUAUCUAGCGAUAUCCUGUUUCGUUGAUUUUGGGCUCAUGGCAAGCUAUAUAACGAUGAUAAUGUGGUUCCCCGAGAUCUUCGAGCGAUUCAACGCCUACGAAAAAUAUCAGACCGACUCACCCGAAUUGGGCGUAUGCGUGGUAUCAGCCAAUAAGGAUACCUCGACCAACAUUUUCGAAGAGUUUCUCAAAACAUUCAGAAAGUGUGACCCUAGCAUCGAUAAUAGGGUGUUCAUUGAAACUGUAAUCAUUGGAUGCAGUUGUAUCCCUACAGCUGUGUCGCUUAGUUAUUUUAUGAAAAAGUUGGGCAAGAAUAGAGUUUUGGUUAUAAGCUUGGUGUUGUCCGGUACAGCUACUCUACUGCUGAAUUGGGUUCAAAACAGUACACAGACCAUCAUUCUUUCUUGUAUAUUCGAGGCACUUGCGAGCCUGAUGGAGGCAGUGAUUUUCUGCGUUGUUGUUGAUUCAUUUCCGACCAAUGUGAGAGCGAUUGCCUUGGCGAUAACAGCAACAUUUGGAAGGCUGGGUGCAAUAUUCGGCAACGUCAUCUUUGGGGUUCUUAUCGAUGUCAACUGCGUUAUUCCCAUCUACGUUUUUGCAGGAUUACAGAUAGCUAGUGGUAUUCUUUGCCUGACGAUGCCUCAGAAAGAGAACUACAUCCCUCUACACUAAAAACUGACGCCAGUGGUGUGAUUGUGAUAUUUAGAUGAUCAAUAUUCAAAAUAGUUUAGGUAAUAACUAGAUUGUAAAUGUAUGUCAUGUAACUAUUUAUUGUACUCGUAUUCUCGACUUUCGUUCAUAAAUGUAUUUUUUAUCUGG